CAAUUGAUGAUUGAUCCAGAUUCCCCUAUCUUGGAUUUCUACCCCGAGACGUUCGAAAUCGACAUGAACGGGAAGAAGAUGGCGUGGCAAGGAGUAGCCCUUCUCUCCUUCAUAGAUCAGAAUCGGUUGCUGGCUGCCAUGACACCCAAAUCUGGAGAGCUAACGGAUGAAGAGCUCCAACGCAACUCCUUUGGUAACAAUGCAAUUUUUACCUCGGACUCCAGUCCGCUUUACGAUUCUUUUUGUGCCCUCUACACCAAGAAACGACUUUCAACCGUGCGUCACACCUGGCUGACCUUGAACUACCUCACUUACUCUUCGGUUCCAGCCGACCCCUGUUGACACGGAGCUGAGCGAUGGGCUCUCCGGCUCCCUCCUGGCAGACCCGGCUUGUGUGCCAGGUUCGACGUACUACUCCCCGUUAUCAAGAUCCGACUGUCGCGACGUUCAUGAUGAUCACUCGAUUUCGGCUCUCUAUUUCUACCCCAAGCAAAUCCAGCCGCAUCGUUCAGCACUUCUCUCGGGUGCCCGGCAACCUAGGCGCGUGCUCACAGGCUGGGAUCAUCAGCGACUGGGGCAGAGGAGGUUCGAUGGGGCCCGUGGCGAAAUUAAUGGCGGUGGUAGAGACGGUUAUCACACUUCUUCAGGGUUUUUCCAGACAGACGACAACCCCAGAUAUGGCUCCAAUGAUUAUCGCUACGGUUCCCAUAAUGCCUUUCUUCAUGGUGGGACCUUCAAUUCUGGCGCAACCUAUGGCAGUCAAUGGCCAACAUCCUACCCCACCUAUUCCCCUCCGUAUUCUCCAACGAGUUAUUCUCAUGGAGAUAAGAGUAGUUAUGGGGGACACGGUGCCAGUAAUCAUGGACAGAGAGGGGGUUUUGGGCACCAUCAGGCAUACCAUCAUUCCGUGAGGGGGAUGCGGGGAGAUUAUAAUAGCAAUCGGUUUCCAUAUCCUAACAAUCGAGAUAGAGGAAGGCGUUGAUAUCGGCCGCGGUUGAGUGUGUGUGCAUGUAUAUCUUAUGAGCUCUUACCUAAUAAGGAACUGAAUUGAUUCU